CUCCAAAUUCAACCAGUUUAACGAGUAUUUAUGAUUAUAGAAAAGUUAUUGUGUAUGUUAACAAUGAUUGCACAACAUGUCUCCAUAAACAGUCAACCCAUUAAAUCAUACUGAAUAACUGACCCACACAAAAGUUAAUAUCACUUGAUCACUGAUACAGCAAAUGUCAUCAUGUAAAAACACUAAGUUUAUCUUAAAUAAUUAAUAUGAAGUACGAAAAAUAGUAGCCAACUUAGGUAUUUUGGAUCUCCUUAAAUAAAAAUCACCCAGUGAAACCUAUUUGUUCACUAGGAGUGUUUUCACUCAGUAUUCACGUAAUCAAUCCUAUUUUAGACGAAAACCAAUGUAAUUCUUAAUAAUUCAUGUUACUUACUUAUUUAUGCAAAUUAGAGAAGUCAAUUGACAAACUUCUAAAAAACGGCCUUUUUGUAACAAAGAAUUAUUCUGUCAAGUCUACAAAUCUGUCUGUCAUUUUAAUAACAUGUUAAAUUAUGUCACUCGAUGCAAAUUAAUAACUUUUCUGCACAAAAUAUGAUAACAGAUGUACAUGUGACUUGUAAACUAUAUCUCUUUUUAGUAGUUCUUUGCCAAUGUUAUAAAUACAAGCAGCAAGAACGGUCGGGAAGCAGUCGGAAUGUCACUCUGGUAAAGUGUGUUUGUGUGUUAUUGUUUGAGGUGGAUAAACAAUGCAAAGAUCAUGUAAUGGAAGUACUACUUUGUGUUGUCAUGGUCUUUGGUAGACAGUGGAAUUAAGAUGGCCACCAUAAUAAAUAUUUGAAGGUUACAUAUUUGUUGGUUUCGCUCGUUCUUUAUCAUCAAAAGCACAUAAAAAACACGGGACCUCAUGUUUUUAACCCUAGACAACCAGAUUUAGAGCCAGCAUCAGCAUCGAGACACAGCAGCGAUCCAGCAAGCAGCAGCGAUUACUACAACGCAUUUUAAUGGUGCCAACCUAACAUCAAGUGCUAACAAGCUCCGUAAAUGGGAGUGAAAUAGUGCGAUUACAGCAAUUAGCUAUAUCAACGACUAGGCGACCAUUACAAAAGUGGGGGCUCGUCCGGGAUCUUUAAGUGCAUCGAUGAUAAUAGUGCAGCGAUAAAUUUCGUAAGUGCUUAGCACUUCAAAAAAAAAAAAAAAAAAAAAAAAGUUUAUUUGUGCAGUGUGGCAACAGUGAAGAUAUGUCAAAGUGAAAAACAAAAAAACGUGUGUAUGUGAGAUUACGAAAAACUAUCAUCACACCGCGCGGAAGAUUAACGUCUGGAUUGUCAAUGGAAUUCAUCAAUCAAGAUAAAACCGAAUAGAUGUGAAAAAAGCCAACAAGAACACCGAUCACAUCAGAGUAUAGCUACAUAAAGCAAGGUGGUGAAUGAUUCCAACCUUGAUGAAGCACAGAAAUAUGAUCCGCAUUAAAAGCUACUAAGUCCUGCCUCCUGCCACUUGGAAAUCCAAAAUCACUUUGUUGCUCAUGGCCUAUUUCUGAAUAUUUGCUCCAUUGGAGGGUGAGCAAUUGUAUGGAACACCGGGUUCAUGGGGUGGAGAGCAACUGCAUAUAUGACACAUCAUGAGGUUCCACUGCCAGAUGAUGAGCAGUGGUUUGCAAGCCUCAAAACAGAGGCUGGGGAUCGGAAUUGUGCUAUAUGAUCCUGUCACCAACUGAAACCCCUCAUGGUGAACACCAUCAGUGCUCUUAAGAAUCAGCAGACGCAGGCGUUAUUGGAUGCCCUUGGACAGCUCAUCCAGGGUCAACGUGCCAUUCAAACCGAUGCGGCAGCCACCGCUUCGCCACUGCCACAGCCACAGCCACAACUCGCAGUUGCACCGCCUUUUAGGCACUACGAUCCAGCGCAAGAGUCAUGGACGGAAUGGUCCCGCUAGUUUGGAUUUCAUCUCGCCGUCUACAGAAUUCGAGGUAACGAGCGGCAGCCUCAUUUAUUGUCGUGUGUAGGGGUACAAACCUACCGUGUGAUAGUGAAAUUGUUUCCCCGACGCGACGUAGCAACACUGUCAUAUGAAGAAAUUUUGUCUGCUUUAGAUGCCUAUUUCAAAGAAACAGUAAAUGUCGUUGCAAAAAGGUAUACGUUCUUUCGUACAAAACAUACGGCCGGUCAAACUAAUAGGGAGUGGGUUGCAACUUUGCAAGGCCUUACUAGGGAUUGUGCGUUUGAAUGUGACUGUGGCCUUCCUUAUUCAGAUACUAUGGUGCGUGAUGCAAUUGCACAGAACGUUUCUGAUGUUCGCAUAUGGGAACAGAUUUUGAAACUAGUUAAUCCCUCCCUUCAGCAAGUGAUAGACAUAUUGGAUAGACAAGACACGCUUGACUUUGCUCAGGAAUCAUUUGAAACUUCGCCGGCUGUGUGUCGCAUUAACCAGACCGCCGGGCGCGCUGCAAGGAACUGUAAACAGCCUUCGCACACGACCGCACAGCUGCCGCCACGCUCUAAACCAGGUGUGCUGCGCCAGCAUACAAAUGCAGUGAAAUCAUGCCCGCGGUGUUCUACUAGACAUUCGCGUGCAAAUUGCCCGUCAUGCCAAGCUAUAUGCUUUUUCUGUCAUAAGAAAGGACAUGUUCAAAGUGUUUGCCAGAAAAAGCUCAGAUCAGACAAUCACAAUCAUUCCCGGCCUUUUGCUUCGCGCCGGAAUCGAACCAAGGACACUCAGGCUCGUGGACCUUCCCCUUGGACAUUCAUGUAGUUAAUUCCACUUCGUCCAGUGCCACUGUCUCUACCUGUGACUGUGUUCGUCCCACAAAAAGUGUGCGUCGACGUCGCCGGAAAUCGCGUCAAUUAGCAAGUGAUGCUGUGCCUGUAUCAGUUCAAAUUGCACAAGACAAUCGCUCUUGUCAUCGGCAGGACAAUAAGCUUUUUGUAGAUUUGGACUUUAAUGGCAAGGUCAUACCAUUCCAGCUCGAUACCGGAUCUGCUGUUUCAUUGCUCAAUCACGACACGUACAAACAACUGGGCAAACCUCCGUUGCGUGCCGCAAAUGUUCAGCUCAGUACAUAUUCAGGACAGAAAAUUCCUGUGUUAGGACAGUGCAGCCUUCUUGCAACAUACAAGGGACAAACAAAACUUGUGUCAUUUUACGUUCUUCGUUCUUCUACUGCAGUGAACUUGUUUGGUUUAGAUUUAUUUCAAUUGUUUAACAUGUCUAUAGUAAAUCAGGUCUUAUCAGUGAAUCAGACUGUGCCUUCAGACAGUGUUUCUCGUUUGUGUGAAGAAUUUGCAGACAUUUUUGUACCGGGCCUGGGUUGCGCUAAAAACUAUGAAGCACAUUUGGACCUGAAAGUCAACGCGCAACCGAAAUUUUUCCGAGCGCGCAAUGUUCCUCACGCAUUGCGUGUUGAGGUCGCAAGAACAUUAAACGAUUUAGCAUCACAAGGUGUGAGUGAAUGUGCGCAAUGCCUCUUCUAUUUCAGCUCCGCUUCAUAGCUUACGCCGUAAGGGUGUUCCGUUCGUCUGGACGACGGAAUGCGAACGCGCCUUUCGCCAGUUGAAAUCGGCGUUGCUUUCUAAUACUUGCCUUACGCCAUUCGAUCCCCAGAAACCCCUUUUGUUGAUGGUAGAUGCAUCGGAUAUUGGGAUCGGUGCUGUGCUUGCGCACAAAGUUGGCUUGCAUGAUCGCCCUAUUGCCUUUGCGUCAAAAUUGCUCUCGUCUGCGCAAAGAAGCUUUAGCUCUCGUGUUUGGUGUUACUAAGUUCCAUGAUUUCUUGUAUGGUCGUCACUUUACCAUCAUCACAGACCACAAACCUUUGACAUCAUUUUUCAUCCGAACAAGCCUGUACCUCCGCGUACAGCGCAGAAAUUCAUUCGCUGGACUAUUUUCCUCUCACAGUACCGCUACGAUAUCUUGUAUCGGUCCACUGCUAAGCACGGAAACGCCGAUGCGUUGUCCCGUUUGCCUGUUGCUGAGGAUAGAGCAUUCGAUUCUUCCAAACUUGCUUGCAUGUUCAUUGAUGCGGAAACCGAUGAAGUGAUCGAAUCGUUUCCGAUUGAUUUUCGUCAUGUAGCUACAGCCACGGCUGCUGACCCUGUCCUUGCUACCGUUUUGCGUUUUGUUGCUACGCAAUGGCCUUUGUCAAAGUCUCGGAUCGAGGAUCCGUUGGUUCGCCGAUUCUUUGCUCACAAGGAGAGACUUCUUGUUUGACGUGGUGUUUUGUUGUUGCGCUCUGAUAAUGAUCAGUCCAGAGUUGUGGUCCCACGUUCGUUACAGUCCUCUGUUUUACGGCUUCUUCACCAAGGACAUUGGGGUAUAGUGCGAACGAAACAACUUGCUCAUCAGCACUGUACUUGGUUCGGAAUCGAUGCUGCGAUUACGAAUAUGUGUUCUUCUUGCAUGGCGUGUGCCGAACAACAAUCCGCACCACCGCGGAAAGUCUUUGCAUGGCCAAAGGCCACUUCCCCUUGGCAACGCUUGCACAUAGAUUUUGCUGGUCCAUUCUGGAAUGCUCGAUGGUUGGUUCUGGUAGAUGCCUUCAGUAAUUUUCCUUUUGUUGUUCGGAUGUCUUCCACGACGUCAACUGCCACCAUCCAAGCGUUGUCUGCUAUCUUUUGCAUGGAAGGUCUUCCGCAGACUAUUGUUUCCGACAAUGGCCCACAAUUCAUGUCCGCAGAAUUUCAGUCAUUCUGCCAGGCCAAUGGUAUUCAACAUGUGACUUCCGCGCUGUUUUCGCCUCAGUCAAACGGUGCCGCUGAACGAUUGGUCUGGACUUUCAAGUCACAGAUGUUGAAGUUGAAAGAAUCGCAUUCUCGGGAGGAUGCAUUGUUGCUCUUUUUGUCUUCGUAUCGCUCUCAGCCCCGAGAUGGUCGCUCGCCGGCUGAGUUGCUCCACGGUUGUCCUCAUCGAACCUUGAUGUCUUUGCUGCAUCCGCCGCAUCAGGUUCCUGUACAGCGGCAGACUCCUGCUUUUGUUCCAGGCGACGUUGUAUUCUAUCGCAACUAUCGAGGUUCACGGCGUUGGCUCGCAGGGCGCAUUCUUCGCUGCCUCGGCCGCGCGAUGUAUUUGGUUUUGGGGGCCUCUGGUGAAGUGCGUCGGCAUCUCAAUCAGCUGCGCCUCUGUCGUCGCACGGGUUCUGCCGCUCCCCGUCUGCUUUCAGCGACGGUGCCGUCCAGUCAGCGCCCUGGGGACCUAUCUACUGGCUCGCCUCAUCCCCAGGUGUUACCGACGAUGCCUUCCAUUUUGCCCCAUGGCGACGCGCCACCGCAGCCGCCGCCGCCUGUUCUCCCGCCGGCGCCGCCCGCAUUCGACGCUUCGCUGCAGCCGCCAAGCGCCUCCCUGGGUCACGCGCUGCCGAUCGCUUCCCAGGACCAGCUGUUCUCCGCCAUGGACCUCUUGCCCGCUUUGGACCACAUGACGUCAUCGCACGUCGGAUACCCCGACGCAAUGGAGGUCGACCCUUCGGCCCCUCCUGACUCUUUACGGGCGCAUACACCUCAUGUUGGCGUGCACCCUGGACUAGGUUUUCAGGCGUUUCCUAGCUCCCCUCGGACCGAAUGGCCGGGUGCGGGUGGCACAGCCUCGCCUGUUGUUAGGCUCCCCACUUCAUCGCAUACGUCAACAUGGGGUCCUCCCCACGGCGGGCGGAAGCCUUAUAAUACGACCGUUCGCUGAUUUGCGGGGGAGGAAUGUGGUGUCACCGCCAGACACCACACUUGCUAGGUGGUAGCUUAAAUCGGCCGCGGUCCAUUUAGUACAUGUCAGACCCACGUGUCGCCACUGUGUGAUCACAGACCAAGUGCCACCACAAGGCAGGUCUCGAGAUACGGACUAGCACUCGCCCCAGUUGUACGACGACAUUGCUAGCGACUACACUGACGAAGCCUUCUCUCAUUUGCCGAGAGACAAUUAUAAUAGCCUUCAGCUAAGUCCAUGGCUACGACCUAGCAAGGUGCCAUUAGCCUUACAUAGUUUGAUAGUUAUCGUAUGAAAUGUCUCAUCAAGAAUUUUGUAAACCAAUGAGGAAUUAAAAGAUAAGUAUUCGAGGA